UUUUCCGGACAGCCCUUUUCGAUAUAGCGUCCUUGAAAAUCAUGGAUGCAUGCUUAUGUUAUCCACAGCUGUGUUUCAAUCAGCAAGGCCAUUGAUCCGAGGAUGGCGGACCACUUCGUGCUCAUCACGGGGCGGAUGAUCACGGAGGCGACGCUUCAGGGUGCCAUCUUCGACGCCCCUUCCGCGAAGGAUGCUUGUGAUCAUCAUGAUCCUUCUAUUUUUGAGGACGGGAGGACCAAGACUGGUGUCGUGGUGGAAUGCAGAAUCUGCCAGGAAGAAGGUGAUCAGGCCUACAUGGAGACCCCUUGCUCCUGCAAGGGUAGCCUCAAGUACGCUCACCACAUAUGCAUCCAGAGGUGGUGUAACGAGAAGGGAGACACCAUAUGUGAGAUAUGCUUACAGCAAUUUACACCAAACUACAGUGCCCCUUUGAAGUUGUUUCGGAUCGGAAGAAACCAAAUUAGCUUCAGGAGAGCCGGAGAAACACCAGCGAAUCUCAACGCUGGAGAAAAUGUUUCCCAAAUCGGUGAUCAUGCUGCUGGCACAUCAAGCUUUGACUCUCAAUUUUGCAAUCCAAAAGGCGUCACCUACUGCCGUGUGAUUGCCAUCGCCUUGAUGGCUCUGCUGGUGCUCCGUGACGCAAUCUCGCUUGUCCUCGGCGGCCCCGAGGUGUACUCGAUGGCACUGAUCACUCUGCUGAUGUUCAGAACAGCCGGAGUUGUCAUACCCAUCUACAUUAUCUUGAUAUCAGUUGUCACAUUGCUCCAUCAGUACAGUCAACACCAGGAUGUGCAUGGCGCGACGCCAGUUACAGAACCUGUAGGAACUGAGGACUCACAGAGCCUGCCGCCGACGCCACCUCAACAGCAUGUCAUCAGCAUCCAGUAACAAGCUGCACAAGGAGAAUGGUGGUUAGGUUCUGUCAAAUAUUAGUCUCAUUGGAUGAAAUUAGCGAGAUCGACGCUGGCUGUCAUAGGAUACAGAAGAUGCAAAAUCAUUGCAAGUGUAAAGAUGUUCCGUAGAAACUUUGUACACAAAUCAUAUAGUAGGAACAACACACUUGACUUGACAAGUCAUGGAGAUGAGAAGUGAAAUUGAAGUGGGCAUGUGUAUAUAAAGUUCAAGAAACCCCCUAGGCAAGUGUGAGUGAGUGUACAGGCUUUCCAACAUUCAUGGCAGUGAAAAUUUUGUGCCCAGCUACAGAA